AUGAGCCACUAUGGCAAUCUAUUUUUAUUUUCUCAUGCGUGACAAAUUUCAGGUGCUGCAACCAAGAAAUGCAACUUGUUCCCAAGACGGGAUCACAAAAAAGGGCUGUAUUGCUCUUAUUGCAAUACCCAAGAAACUGUACGCUGGAGAAAAGGGUUUGAUGGUGUCCUGAUGUGCGAAGCCUGUUUCGAGUUGGCCUCAUUGGACUUGAUACAAGAUGAACUGCCACUGGUGCUUGACGAAGAAGCCGACCAUACCUAUGCUGCAUCAAUUGAAGACUAUAGUCAUAAGCCAUAUCUGACAAGGGAAGCAUUAUCAUCCACAAAGUUCGACGACAUGAAAUCAAAUGCUGUUCGCUUAGCAUCCUAUGCACCUGUGGAACACCAGCUUUUCUCUCUCUCAUUCGAUAGUACGUAUUUCGACAUUCCUGGUAGGGCGCCACGCUGGGCAUCUCAUAGUGGAACUGACUAUCAUGGCACAUGGCUGCCGCAAACUGUCAGACGGGCCAUUCUUCGGCAUACUCGCAAAGAUGACAGAAUUUUAUCGAACUUCUUAGGAAGAGGUACUGACGCUAUAGAAUGCUUCCUACUACAAAGACGCUGCUGUGGUGUGGAUAUCAACCCUGCUGCUGUAUCGCUCUCUCAGAGAAGUUGCUCCUUUGAAACUCCUCCAGGACUGACAACUGCAGAGCAUAGGCCAAUUAUUGUACAGGCGGACUCUCGUAAACUGACAGGUGCGCUGUUUGCAGAUGAAUCGUACGACCACGUUCUAUCCCACCCGCCAUACAAGGAUUGUGUAGCUUAUUCACUACAUAUUGAGGGCGAUCUUUCCAGAUACACAAACCCUCUCGAUUUCCAAGAACAGUACGAUAAAUGCGUCAGAGAAAGCUGGAGAUUGCUCAAGAUGGAUCGAAGGCUAACACUUGGAAUUGGUGAUAAUCGAGAACAUUGCUUUUAUAUACCUGUUGGAUUCCAGUUGAUCAGGUUGUAUAUUAACAAUGGCUUCGAGCUUGAAGAAUUGAUUAUCAAACGUCAACGAUACUGUUCGGCAUUUGGCCUUGGAACUUAUCUUUGUGUGCAGUUUGACUUUCUGGUAUUUACCCAUGAGUUCAUUGCAACCUUUCGCAAAGUACCACGCAAUUCAAAUGAUAAGAUGGAUUCGUUCGAUGCCUCCAACACAAAGAGCCAAAUGCGAAUUACAUACACAUGCAGAGAGAUACCAAGGUCGCCCAUUGCUCGAAAAAGCGUGGUGAUGGGAACCGUAUGGCUGUUCAAACCAUCCAGUAGGCACUCGUUUGCCCAACUAUGUACAUCAAGAAUGGUCGAGCGGUUUGGCAAGGAUGAAUCUAACUGGGAACAUGUUGAGCUAGAAAUCAUAUCAGAUAAUGACGACUCAAGUUUAAAGCCGUCCUUGGCAAAUAUAGCAACUGACUCAAUGGUUGUAGAGGAUGAAGGGUUGUCUAUCUCAAGCUAUGAAAUCGAGCGUCAGAAACGGAUUGAUGAAAACCGGCUUGCUCUGCUUCAACUGGUAAGCUCCCUGUCCACCCCUUUUAUCCAUAUCAACGAUGAUCUAACCUAUUUAUUCUGCAUGGCAGGGGUUGAUAUCCGACCUCAGUGAAGAAUCAAGCGAUUUUACACAUUAUGAAGCCAUGAUCAGAAAGGCAGCAUUGCCUUACCCUGCGCCACUGACAGUCAGGGUUGUGACACACAUCCCUCACCAUUUUCUCACACCUGAUUCCAUACCAUUAUACAGAGAAAACGUGGUUCAAAUUGCACAGGAUUCUGUGAACAAGCUAGCUGUUGGCGGCAUGUUCAUCGUGGGCACACAAGACUACAGAGAUGAUGAAGGGAAGCUGUG